UGUAGUUGUACACGUCAAGAUUAUAACAUUGCGAUUUAUUUUUCAAGUAUAAGAAAUAGCAUAUACGUAAACAUGAAGAACCGAUUUAAUUCGUACGAUAUUGUUUGCUCUAUAAGUGAGCUUCAAAAGCUCAUUGGUAUGCGUGUUAAUCAAAUAUACGACAUUAAUCACCGUACUUAUCUUAUACGUCUUCAACGAAACGAAGAAAAAUGUAUUCUUUUACUAGAAUCUGGUAAUAGAAUUCACACAACAGCAUUUGAAUGGCCAAAAAAUGUAGCACCAUCAGGAUUUUCUAUGAAGAUGCGUAAACAUCUGAAGAAUAAACGACUUGAAAGUCUUACUCAAAUAGGUGUAGAUCGAAUAAUAGAUUUAAAAUUUGGAAGUGAAGAGGCAGCUUAUCAUAUAAUUCUAGAGUUAUAUGAUCGUGGUAAUCUAGUUCUUACAGAUCACAAAAUGACUAUUUUAAACAUUUUGAGACCUUAUACAGAGGGAGAUAAAAUUAGGUUUGGUAUUGAAGAUCAAUAUCCUACAGAUCGUGCUCAUAAAAACACAACACCACCUAUAGAAGAAAUUCAGCAACAUCUUGAGAAGGCUAAAGAAGGAGAGAAUCUUAAAAAUGUCCUAAAUCCACUUUUAGAAUUUGGCUCUAGCGUAAUCACUCACGUUUUAUUAAAAUAUGGUUUUCCUCCUGGUUGUAGGAUUGGGAAAGAUUUUAAUGUUGCAGAACACAUGCCAAAGUUAAUUUUAGCAUUAGAAUGCGCGAACGAAAUGAUAGAAUCUGCCAAAAGAAAUGUUUCUCAGGGAUAUAUUAUACUAAAGAAAGAAAUAAAACCGACUCCAGAUGGCGAAGAUGAAAUUAUAUAUACCAAUAUCGAAUUUCAUCCUUUGUUAUUUGAACAACAACAAAACUGUCCCUAUAAAGAAUUUGCUUCUUUCGAUGCUGCGGUGGAUGAAUAUUUUUCCACAAUGGAAGGCCAGAAGUUAGAUUUAAAAGUUUUGCAACAUGAACGCGAUGCUGUCAAGAAAUUGAAAAAUGUAAAGAAAGAUCACGAUCAGAGACUAAUGACACUGGAGAAAACUCAAGAGUUGGAUAAACAGAAAGCAGAAUUAAUCUCCAGAAAUCAAGUUUUAGUGGAUAAUGCUAUAUUAGCUAUACAAAGUGCUCUUGCGAAUCAAAUGGCUUGGCCGGAUAUAAAAGUUCUAUUAAAAGAGGCAGAUAGUAGGGGAGAUCCUGUUGCAUCUGCGAUUAAACAGUUAAAAUUGGAAACAAAUCACGUUUCAUUAUUGUUGCACGAUCCUUACGUGGAAAGCGACGAGGAAUCGGAAUUGAAACCUAUGUUAAUCGAUAUCGAUUUAGCCCACACGGCCUUCGCAAAUGCUAGAAUGUAUUACGAUCAAAAAAGAUCAGCAGCUAAAAAGCAGCAGAAAACAUUAGAGUCCCAAGAUAAAGCCUUAAAAUCCGCAGAGAAAAAGACAAAGCAAGCAUUAAAAGAAGUACAAUCCAUUCACACUAUUAACAAAUUGAGGAAAAUAUAUUGGUUCGAAAAAUUUUAUUGGUUUAUUAGCUCCGAAAAUUAUCUAGUAAUUGGUGGAAAAGACCAACAGCAGAACGAAUUAAUUGUAAAAAGGUGUCUUAAAUCUGGAGAUAUAUACGUUCACGCGGAUUUACCUGGCGCUAGUUCAAUAGUUAUUAAAAAUCCUGGUGGCAAUCCUGUGCCUCCAAAAACUUUAGCUGAAGCUGGCACAAUGGCUGUUGCCUAUAGUAUUGCGUGGGAAGCUAAGGUGGUUACAGGAGCGUGGUGGGUAAAUAAUGAUCAGGUGUCCAAAACUGCUCCAACUGGUGAAUAUCUUACUACUGGAUCGUUCAUGAUUCGCGGGAAAAAGAAUUAUUUGCCGUCGUGUCAAUUAAUUAUGGGACUAGGAUUUCUAUUUCGCUUAGAAGAAAGUUCGAUUGAAAGACACAAAGAUGAGAGGAGGGUUCGAGUUGUAGACGACGAAAGUGAACACGUAGAAUCGAUAAUCGAAGAAGAUCGAGAAAUCGAAUUAAUAGAGGAUUCUGAAGAAGGUGAAAUAUCAAACAUAAAAAUGUAUAAAAUAAGUAAUAAAUUGACCUCGACUAAUUCGGAUUUUAAAUCAAAUAGACGAACAGCCAGGAAAACGGAUUAUUUAGAUCCUGUUGAAGAAGAAUCCAAAGAAGACUUAAUCGAAGAUGCUGACGACGAAGACGAUACGGUAAUAUUAAAACCUGCGGCAAAGGAAAAAAGUUCGAAAAAUACGCAGAAACAACCUUAUAAAAAAGAAAGUGAAAAGACUGAAGUAGAAACUAAAAAAAAUGGUCAAGCAGUAUUAAAACGGGGACAGAAGGGAAAAUUGAAGAAAAUGAAAGAAAAAUAUAAAGACCAAGAUGAGGAAGACAGAAAACUAUCUAUGCAGAUUCUUCAAUCAGCAGGUGUUGCGAAAGAAGAUAAACGUAAAAGUAAAAAUAGAGAUCCAUCAGGGCCAAAACAACAAGGAAAGAAAAAGAAUAUAACGAAACCAACUCGGCCGCAAAAUAUUCAAGCUGCGGACAAUAUUGACGAGGAAGACACGGGCCCGGGGCCUGAAGUAGACAUGCUGAAUCAGUUAACAGGAAAACCUGCCACAGAAGACGAAUUGUUGUUCGCCGUACCGGUAGUGGCGCCGUAUAAUGCAAUAUUAAAUUACAAAUUCAAGGUAAAAUUAACACCGGGAAUAUGUAAGAGAGGUAAGGCAGCGAAAACUGCUCUAGCGGUAUUUAUGAAAGAUAAAGAAACUACUUUGCGAGAAAAGGACUUGUUGAAAGCUGUUAAAGAUGAAUCAGUAGCUAGGAAUAUUCCUGGAAAAGUUAAAAUAAGCGCUCCGCAAAUACAAAAACUGAAGAAGUAAGUAUUUCUAGUAUGUAUAAUAUUUAACAAUAUUUUAACACAGAAUGUAUAUAGAGAAGAUUUAAAUCCGAUUUAUAUUAUGGAUAAGUAAUUGUAUUUGCUAAGGAGUGCGCAAGGUAUACAUGAAAAUAUUAUAAGAUCUAUAUAAUUUUUAAACAUCGUUAAUAAAUGUCUAUUAUGUAUUUGUAUGUAUAUAUAAUGUUGUAC